AUGCCACCGAUCCACGAACGCAUUCGCGAAGAACUUCUCCACAAGGAGCGCGCCCUCUGGACGGCCCUCACAUCUGCCGAUCCACCACCGGCCGUCUUCAAACUCAGCAACCCAGAAGCCAAUUUUAUGUUUCCCAAAAUGGAAAUCCUCACACUGCAAGACGAGGAAACCUUUAAGAAAGCCCUGCGCCCGCCCUUCCACCGGUUCGACGGAUACCAGUUUGAAGAAGUACGAACCAUCAUUGUGGAUUUGAUGGCCGGCGUCGUGACAUACAAGAUUCGGGCUGUCCGAGGGAAGAGAGAAUACACCGCGACGGGAUCAACAACUUGGAGUCAAGGUUCUGAUGGCGAGUGGACGAUUGCUUGCCACAGUGAAACUUUGCUGUAA